GCGCCGGAAUGUUUAUCCGCCUGCAGUGACGCAGCAGCUCCAGGGUAACUCUCCAGGCAGCCCCCACAUCGAGCACUGAGAGCCUCGUGGUUUUGUUUGUUUUGACACUCGCUUGUCCUGCGUUUCUUUCUGACACCUUUUACUGAAGCAGCUUUCGUGCGUGACUUCCGCUCGGCUGCUCUGGAUGCUCGUCUCUUACAUCCCUGUGCAAUGUCCCGGCAUUACGAUCUUUCCCUGCGGAAAUAAAGUCACACCCUGAGUUCCUUUUGGGAUGAAAUACACUCGUGGUAGUGGAAUAGUAUCAGCAGUUUCUAAAAGCGUGGUUAAUAGAUUAGGAUAUCUUCUGUCAGCUACCAGAGUGGAUGGAUAUCCAGUGACCUCUUAGUAGCAGGAGGCAACAUUUUAGCCCAGUGGCUGUGCUUGAUGCCUUGAAAGGUACCUUGUAUUUAAACCACCAGGGAAAAUCUGCUGACAGGAAGAAAUCUAAAACAGAAUAAAGCUUGAUAGCCAGGUCAUGUUUAAUAAUAUCUGCAGGUCAAAUUUCUAUGUAGAGACAAAUACACUGUUUACUUUUAUAUGCCAGUUAAAUAUUGGCAUUCUGUAGAUACUGUUGUGAAUAGCAGCCAUCUAGCAACUUCUCAAAUUUGUCAAGUUAAUUUCUAGAUAAUUAUGAUAAUCAGCUUAGUUAUUUUUACUUUGAUGAGUUUUAAUGCUAUAAACUUAACCACUUUUUUCUAACAUCAGCCCACACCAUUCCUGUCAGCCUAAAUUACAAAACCCUAGCCAUGUUAGAUUUCCCCUGUGCUUCAUCUCCUUAUAUUACAUGGUUUCUUGAUUAAAAAAUAACUUGGAUUUAUAUAUCUUUGAUUCUCAUUGUUGAAGCUGAACCGGCUGUGUUUUAGGACUUUGCUACCUCUUAGCUUAUCCCCCUGAAGGCUCAAAUAACAGUUCUGAAACAUGUUUACUCUCGAUGAACCUACAAAAAGCUCAGAUCCAAAUUUCUGUGCUUGGAUUUCUCUAUAACCUGGCAUGCGGGAAGAGCCCAGGAUUUAGGGUAGGACCAGAUUAUGGGCAGAAGUCCUUUAAAUUAAUUUAACAUCAUCAUGGCUAAUGAGGGCUGUCCCAAGGCUGGUGAUAGUCUUUUUUCAUCAGAUAAACAUGCCCAACUCAUCUUGGCCCAGAUCAAUAAAAUGAGGAACGGACAGCAUUUCUGUGAUGUGCAGCUACAAGUUGGGAAGGAAACUUUUAAAGUUCAUCGGCUGGUUCUGGCUGCCAGUAGUCCUUACUUUGCAGCUUUGUUCACUGGAGGAAUGAAAGAGUCCUCAAAAGAUGUUGUUCAGAUUCUAGGAAUUGAAGCUGCAAUAUUUCGAAUACUUCUAGAUUUCAUUUAUACAGGCAUAGUGGACAUAGGUGUGAAUAAUGUCCAGGAGUUGCUUUUUGCAGCAGACAUGCUACAGUUGACUGAAGUUGUUAAUCUUUGCUGUGCAUUUCUGAAAGGACAAAUUGAUCCACUGAACUGCAUUGGGAUCUUUCAGUUCUCUGAGCAAAUUGCCUGCCAUGAUCUUUUGGAAUUCACAGAAAACUAUAUUCAUGUCCAUUUCUUGGAGGUUCAGAGUGGGGAAGAGUUCCUGGCACUUACAAAAGAUCAGUUGAUCAAAAUUUUGCGAAGUGAAGAGCUUAGCAUUGAGGAUGAAUAUCAGGUCUUCUUAGCUGCAAUGCAGUGGAUUCUCAAAGAUCUGGGAAAAAGAAAAAAAUACGUGGUGGAAGUGCUAGACCCAAUUCGAUUUCCUCUAUUACCUCCUCAGAGGCUUUUAAAGUAUAUAGAAGGAGUAUCUGAUUUUAAUCUUCGUGUUGCAUUGCAAACACUUUUGAAAGAGUACUGUGAGGUGUGCAAAUCUCCCAAAGAGAACAAGUUUUGUAGUUUUCUGCAGACAUCUAAGGUUCGACCUCGGAAGAAAGCAAGAAAGUAUCUGUAUGCAGUAGGUGGAUAUACUCGGUUGCAGGGUGGUCGUUGGAGUGAUAGCAGAGCCCUCAGCUGUGUAGAACGUUUUGACACCUUUAGCCAGUACUGGACCACUGUAUCUUCACUUCAUCAAGCUCGAAGUGGGCUGGGAGUAGCAGUUCUGGGAGGGAUGGUCUAUGCUAUUGGAGGUGGAUGGGUUGGAGCUGAGAUAGGGAACACCAUUGAACGAUUUGAUCCUGAUGAAAAUAAAUGGGAAGUAGUUGGCAACAUGGCUAUGUCACGCUACUACUUUGGCUGUUGUGAAAUGCAAGGUUUAAUUUAUGUAAUUGGGGGCAUCAGCACUGAAGGAAUAGAACUUCGUUCUUUUGAAGUUUAUGAUCCACUUUCCAAGCGUUGGUCUCCACUUCCUCCAAUGGCAACCAGGAGAGCAUAUCUUGGGGUGGCUGCACUCAAUGACUGCAUAUAUUCUAUUGGAGGGUGGAAUGAGACUCAAGAUGCUCUUCAUACUGUAGAAAAAUAUUCCUUUGAAGAGGAAAAGUGGGUUGAAGUUGCCUCAAUGAAAGUGCCUAGAGCAGGCAUGUGUGUUGUGGCAGUCAAUGGGCUUCUGUAUGUUUCUGGAGGUCGAACUUCCAGCCAUGAUUUCUUGGCACCAGGUACCUUGGACUCAGUUGAAGUUUAUAACCCUCAUUCAGAUACAUGGACUGAAAUAGGUAAUAUGAUCACCAGUCGUUGUGAAGGAGGUGUUGCUGUACUAUGAACUAUAAACUGUCAAGAGAGCACAAGAAACAUUUUGAAAAUAUAGGUUCUGACUUUUUGCAAAUCACACAUGUAUUUUGGUCAUAGGACCCUUUGAUUCUGUUAAAUUUUCCAUGUAUUUGAUAGAUAAAUAACUAAAGAUUAUUUUUCUAAGAAUUUUAGUGAAAAGGAUAUGGAAUAUGUCCUAAAUUAAUAAAGAGCUCACAAAAAUU